GUGGCUCAGACCAACCGUCGAUUUCCUAGUCUCGAACCGAAUUCAUCUCGCUAAUUCGGACAAGAUUUUCGGUCAGCGGCCUCGUGGGACAACAAAAAGUGCAGUGUCGAUGCAUUUGAGUGUCGUGUCGGAUUAGCGAGUGGCUGGGAGGCGACCGCCGAGCCGAAAACGGGAACCGAACCCAGCCAGGGCCACUGUCUGCCGAGGCCGACCCUUUCUGCUCAAUUCAUCUAAAAACCUGUGCAAACGUUUAAAUUUACAAAAUAAACCCAACUCGCGAGUGUUUGUGUGAUUUUCCUACAUAAAUCACCCACCACUGUUCAUUGUCUUUCUUCCAAAACAAGUGUUGUUGAGUCGAGGUGUAACCUAACCUAAAAGCGGCAUCUUGUUCUGGCUUGGUUAUGACCUAGAUCCUUCCUCAACGUGCUCACUCGUUAGCUGUCAUAUCUAAUACCCCAUUCAAUCACAAAUCACGUGAGUUUUGGCGAAUUUAACUUAAAUCUUGAGUGGUGAGUGUUCGGUGAUGGUUGCUAUGGCGACACAGGACGCCCUGCCCAGAGCCAGUAGCGGAGUGGUUGCUGUUUUGUUGUCUGCUGAGUUGUUGGUGUUCUGCUGCUUCUAGGGGACGGACGUUGCUGGACCCGGCAGACCAGGUCUGCGCCAUGGUAUAGCCGAAGCCAUGUCUUCUCGCCAACCAUCGGCCUCAACGACUGUCCAUUGUCUAGAAGAGCCAGCAAAUCUUACUGGAAACCAGGAAUCCUCGCCGACUUUGACGCUCAUCUCGUCAAAGGGCUCAGCAGAUUCUAACUACUCGCAGCCGUCAUCGGAUUUAUCUCUGGACGAGGAGAAGGAGACGUUGAGGAGGGAGAAGGAGCGACAGGCACUCAGCCAGCUGGAGAAAGCAAGGUCGAAGCCGGUGGCGUUUGCAGUGCGCACAAACGUAUGCUACGACGGCUCAGUAGAUGACGACUCGCCGGUCCACGGCAGUGCCGUCUCAUUCGACAUUAGAGACUUUCUCCACAUCAAGGAAAAGUAUGACAACAACUGGUGGAUUGGCAGGCUGGUGAAAGAAGGGUGCGACGUUGGCUUUAUACCUUCUCCCGUCAAAUUAGAGAACUUGCGACUGCAGCAAACACAGGCGCGAAACUCGAAACUAUACGCUUCGAAAGGAUCGUCUUCUGGCAAUCUAGGUGCGCUACCGAAUGAUGUCCUCUCUACAUCAAAGAGCGCAAAUUCUCGAGGCUCCACUCCCCCUACACCUGGAGAGGAUUCAGACUCGCUGGGUAAUGCGAGACUUGCAGGUAAAACGACACUCACAACACCACCUGCCAAAGAGAAGAGAAAACCGUUCUUCAAGAAGCAGGAGACGACGACGCCGUACGACGUGGUGCCGUCGAUGCGACCGGUCGUGUUGGUUGGCCCCUCGCUCAAGGGCUACGAGGUCACUGACAUGAUGCAGAAGGCAUUGUUCGACUUCCUCAAGCAUCGCUUCGAGGGCAGAAUAAUAAUAACACGGGUAAUGGCUGACAUUUCGCUAGCCAAACGAUCACUCCUAAACAAUCCUUCCAAGCGUGCCAUUAUGGAGCGCUCCAAUUCCCGAUCCACGUGCCUAGCCGAAGUUCAAGCCGAAAUUGAGAGGAUAUUCGAAUUAGCUAGAACGUUACAGUUGGUGGUAUUAGACUGCGAUACAAUAAAUCAUCCAUCACAAUUAGCGAAGACAUCAUUAGCACCGACUGUCGUUUAUUUGAAAAUAUCUUCACCAAAAAUGAAGGUAUUACAGAGACUGAUAAAAUCUCGGGGCAAGUCGCAGUCGCGCAACCUCAACGUGCAGAUGGUGGCGGCAGAGAAGCUGGCCCAGUGUCCGCCGGAGAUGUUCGACGUGAUCCUGGACGAGAACCAGCUGGAGGAUGCUUGCGAGCACAUCGCCGAGUACCUGGAGGCCUACUGGCGAGCCACCCAUCCCCCCGCCGCCCAGACCCCUACGCCCCCACCCCAGGCACCGCCCCCUGCGCAUGCGCACUCUCAUCCCCCCUCGCACUCUCAUGCCCCCCCUCACCACCACUCGCCCACCGAUCACGCCGGUCGCCCGCUCAACUCCACGCCACCAGGAGCUCACCCGGAUGAUUACGGGUAUCCUCAUGAUGCAAGAGGAGCUCAUCAGGAUGAUUAUGGAUAUCCUCCUGAUCCAAGAGGAAUGCUUCAAGAUGAAUAUGGAUAUCCUAUUGAACCUAGAGGAGGCUACCAUCCGCACCACAGUAGAGCGCGUUCGAGAGCGAUGGACCGCGACAGGGUUGACAGGGGGGACUACGACGAGGACUACCAGAGCAGCAGUCCGGUGGGGGGAGACAUGUAUGGCGCCCACCACGGGGGCCCCUCCAGGGGGGGUGCCAGUGGGCCCCCUGCACCCUCUGCCACUGCGCAUGCGCACCUGCACCCACUCCCGCACGCGCAUCACCGGCCUCGCGACCCCCCUCCCGACGACUACCAUUCCCCCCACCAGGCGUCUUCGCGCAGGGCUCUCAACGCUAUUUAAUAGGAAUGAAUUUACUAGGUACAAAUUACUCAUAUAUUUGCGAUUGUCUGGUAACAAUCUUAGUAGCUAAGAUGGAUUUAUGCUUGCAAAGUGACUAAAGUACUGCACCGAUAAUAAAAUGAAUACUACUUUGUAUAAAACGAGUGUAUUAUAAAAAUGAAUUAUGUUAGAUUUUUUGUAUGCAGUUUUUUACUAUAUAAAUUUGAAAGUAACAUUAUUCUGAAUUUAUAAAGUAAAAAAUUAUUUAUAUUCCAUAAAAUAGUAGCUAUAAAUUGCUGUUUACUCUUCUCUAAAGUUAUCCAAGUCGCGGAACAUAGAAAAAAUAAAUAUCGAGUGACCUGGCUGGUUCAGGUCUCGUGUUGUCAGUGUGCUCAAUCGCACCUGAUUAAUUCUGAUUAAUUUCAGGGCCUCUGAUAUGACUUAGGCAGCCUAGGCCGAUCCUAGGCUGAACGCGUCCAUCCGAAACUGUAGAAGACAAUAGAGGUCAUACGCUUGUUUAUGCACUAACAUUUCUCUGACAUCAUUUUCUAUAGAAUCAUUAAUUUAAAGUAGAUUCACUAUUCAUUCAUCAAUGACUUGCUCACUAUUAGGAUUUCUCCUCGUUUGGUGGAGAUUACGUUAUUCAGCUAUAUUCGACUACUGUGCAUCUAUUUUAUGGCCCUAGCGUUCACUUCUACAUACGGUUCUCAAGGAUCUCUUCAUAUUGCGAAAUUUGAAAAUAAAAUGUGUCAUAGUAAGAUGUUUUUAAAAUUAUAACAUAUUGUUGGAGACCUUGAAUUUCUUAUUGUAUUGUCUGCUUUUUAACCCUCAUUCUAUAGAGGAAUGCAAAAUAAUGCAAAUUGGUAACUUUCGUUAUAAUACGAGUAAUUUGUUCAACAUGCUGGGAAGAGACCGUGCUGAAUUUGAUGAUUGUAUUCGGCUAAAUAUGAUCUCUACUUUCUUCAAUCAGUGUCAUCUUAUUAGUUUGUGGGAAGAAGAGUAAACAAUAAUUUAAAGUUAUCGGAAAAAUGAAUAGACAUUUAAGUUCGUAUCAAAAGUAUAAAAAUAUAUUUUCCAAUUUCCCAAUAAAGUGAUAUAAGAUUUUCAAUUGUGAAUUAUUGUAUUUUUUGUAAUAACGCAGCAUAGGAAAAUAACAAUGACUACCUGUUUGUAACUUGUAUAGGAAGAUAAUUUUCGUGUUCUACUUCACUACGGUAACACUUUAUAGCCUCCUAUCGUCAUUUGAAACUCAAGUACCGUAGCUUCAAAUUGUUCAAAUUUAAUUUCGACAUAUACCCAUAUAACACUUAUAGUAGUUUUAAUGAGUACAUUUAACAAAUAUGCUUAGCCCAAUUUGAUAACGAUCUAUUAUCUGGGAAUGGUGAUACAAAGCAAUAUCUCUUUUUCAACCCAUGAAAUCAGAAAUUCCUUCCCUAUAGUAUUGACUGUCUUUCCCUAAUAUUCUACUGAUGCUACUCAGCUAAGAUUUUAAUAGAUUCUCAACUAAAAGGGAAAUGUUGCACCUCAUUAAUCAUCAGUUGUUUUCUAUUGGAAUAAUUUCACUGAUUACUUACUAAUUGAUCGAACAUUUUAUUAGUUAGAAUAUUGGAACUCGUAUUAAGCUGCGUACAGACUUGGGCUCUACGAACACCCGCAUUUCAUUUUCAAUCAGCUGAUUAUAUUUUUAUUCGUACAGAAACAGCACAGCAAGGUAUAUAAUAAGCGUAGCAUCAGCUGAUCAAAAGUGAAAUGAUAGGCCUACUGUUCGUGGCGCUCAAGUCUGUAUGCACUUUAGAAUGGAUAUGGUAAGCAAAAAACAGUUCCAGUUAUUCCUCCAGAUUAUUUGCAGUUUGAUAUAAAUUCACAGAAUGUGCAACAGUUCCCUUGAACAUAAUCCCAAUGUUUUGUCAUAUUCGAUUAUCUUUUCCAAUAACAAAGUAAAACACCAAUAUAUUUGACUGCAUCUACUUACAUACCAAUUGAUAGUUAGAAACAAAUCGUUAUCAAUAGUAAGUUGAAAUUUCUCGCCUUAAAACUUGUCUCGUGGAUAUAAAAAUAAAGACGCUGAUUAGUAUCCUUCAGAAAUAGUGGCGUUUUACAUCUCACAGUGCACCAGAAUAGCAGAAUAAUAUAUUGUUCAUGACAUACUGGUCAUUGGGUUUCUCUUUUAUCAUUUGAAUGGAAAAUUUAAAUUACUUAUCUUGAGUGAAACUCUUUCUAGAAUUAUAGCAGUUUUAAUUAAAAACGAAGUCUAUCUUAUUAUUCGACGGCAGAUCGGAAAAAUACUAGCUUUAUCAAGUAAAUCAUUGAUAGGUAGGCCUACUUUGUCAAAAGCUUUGAUAUUCUCAAGUGCCCCGGCUACAUGCCAACCAUGCUAUAAAUUUAAAAAUAAUUUUUCCAUCUAUUAUCAUCCUAUGCACAUUACUUCACCUUCUUCUAUCUGUAGAUAUUUCAAAUUUAAUUUUAUAGAAUUAGAUAGUAUAUUAUUCCUUAUGAUGGACAUUCUGCCUAAACAAUAUAAAUGGAGUAGAUCAAAGCUUCUCCUUUACACACUUUCAUCAGUCUAAAAUUUAAUUUAUAGGUCAAAAUAGUAUAGAUCAUAAAUAAUUUCACAGAUAACUCUAUUUGUAAGAAGACUGUAGUAUGCAGACAGUUUUGUUGAUUUACAUAAUAUAAUUUCAAUCUUGGUCUAAACAUGAACAUUUUUCUAGAAUCUAUGUUUAUUCUUUUUCUAUUUUGUACCCACUUGCCUCCACCCUAUUGAAAUCAAUUAUUGCAAUUCAUUCCACAUACAAUUAUUGCAAAAUAUUCCACUAAGAGUAAAUUUCAAUUAAAACAAUGCAUCACUUGGUUCCCUCGUUCUAUAAAGGCUUCGUCACUAGUUUAAUUAUUUUCAAAUUCAGUGAAUUAGUUCCAGAGAGAAAUAUUUGCGAGGUAUAUAAUUCGACGAUAGUGACUAUGCUUAAUAUAAUUGACAUUGGAGCCAAAUUGUAACAAGAAUGAUAUUAUGCAAGGAAUUGAUAAAAUAAUGACAAUUUGGCUGCAAUCUAUUGAAAUGAAUUUGUGAAUAAACAACUCUCUUGUUAAUAUUUGUGAGAUUGUUAUUGUAUUACCUGGUGUGUAGAAAAG